CGGGCCCCGCGCCCCCGCAGCCGCCCCGCCGCGACCCCCGGGCCGCGCACCCCGAGCUGCCUCCGGGAGGGGGGGGGGAAAGGGCCCGGAUCCUCCUUCUCCCCCUCCUCCUCUCCCUCCUCCGCCCCUCCUCUCCCCCCGACCCUGACCCCCGCCCCGGCCCCCCUCACCCCGACCCCCGCCCCGGCCCCCGCCUCCCCUCCCCCGCCUCGCCCCCCCGGCUUCCCACCACGGCCUCUCUCGGCGAGGAAACUCUGGCCUCCGCUUCCUCCUCCUCCGACUCGGACACCGGCGGAGCCUCCCCGCCCCCGCGGAAGAAACCCCGAGCCUCGGCGGCGGAGGGAGCAGGAGAGCCCGGGGCUUCGGCAGGCAGAGCAGGCCUCUCCCCUCCGUCCUCGUCGUCCUCGUCGUCCUCGUCCUCGUCGUCCACCUCCUCCUCCUCCUCCGUGGUGGUAGUGGUGGGACUCCCCCCGGCUGCUGCCCCUUCCGCCGCCGCCGCCGUCCCCCACCGAGGUAGCGGCCACAGCCUGGUCAGCGGCGGCAUCAUGCAGGCCAACGGGGCAGGAGGAGGAGGAGGAGGUGGCGGCGGCGGCGGAGGGGGCGGCGGGGGCCAGGGACAGACCCAGGAACUCGCCUGCCUGUCGGCCCAGAACGGGGAGUCGUCCCCCUCGUCGUCGUCGGCCGCGGGGGACCUGGCCCACGCCAACGGGCUCCUGCCUUCCGCCCCCUCCGCCGCCAGCAACAAUAGCAACAGCCUGAAUGUCAAUAACGGGGUCCCCGGCGGGGCCGCCGCCGCCGCCGCCACCGUCGCAGCUGCCUCCGCCACCACGGCCGCCUCCUCUUCCUUGGCCACCCCAGAACUGGGCAGCAGCCUCAAGAAGAAGAAACGGCUCUCCCAGUCGGACGAGGACGUCAUUAGGCUAAUAGGACAGCACUUGAAUGGCUUAGGGCUCAACCAGACUGUUGAUCUCCUCAUGCAAGAGUCAGGAUGUCGUUUAGAACAUCCUUCUGCUACCAAAUUCCGAAAUCAUGUCAUGGAAGGAGACUGGGAUAAGGCAGAGAAUGACCUGAAUGAACUAAAGCCUUUAGUGCAUUCUCCUCAUGCUAUUGUGGUAAGAGGCGCACUUGAAAUCUCUCAAACGUUGUUGGGAAUAAUUGUGAGGAUGAAGUUUUUGCUGCUGCAGCAGAAGUACCUGGAAUACCUGGAGGAUGGCAAGGUCCUGGAGGCACUUCAGGUUCUACGCUGUGAAUUGACGCCACUGAAAUACAAUACAGAACGCAUUCAUGUUCUUAGUGGGUAUCUGAUGUGUAGCCAUGCAGAAGACCUGCGUGCAAAAGCAGAGUGGGAAGGCAAAGGGACAGCUUCCCGAUCCAAACUCCUGGACAAACUUCAGACCUAUUUACCACCGUCGGUGAUGCUCCCCCCGCGGCGGCUGCAGACUCUCCUGCGGCAGGCGGUGGAGCUCCAGCGGGACCGGUGCCUGUACCACAACACCAAGCUCGACAACAGCCUGGAUUCCGUGUCCCUGCUCAUCGAUCACGUCUGCAGUAGGAGGCAGUUCCCAUGUUAUACCCAGCAGAUACUCACGGAGCAUUGUAAUGAAGUCUGGUUCUGUAAAUUCUCUAAUGACGGCACUAAACUAGCAACAGGAUCGAAAGAUACAACAGUUAUCAUAUGGCAAGUGGAUCCGGAUACACACCUGCUGAAACUACUCAAAACAUUAGAAGGACAUGCGUAUGGCGUUUCGUAUAUUGCAUGGAGUCCAGAUGACAACUAUCUCGUUGCUUGUGGCCCAGAUGACUGCUCUGAGCUUUGGCUUUGGAAUGUACAAACGGGAGAGCUAAGGACAAAGAUGAGCCAGUCUCACGAAGACAGUUUAACGAGCGUGGCUUGGAAUCCCGACGGGAAGCGCUUUGUAACUGGAGGCCAGCGCGGGCAGUUCUACCAGUGUGACCUGGACGGGAACCUCCUGGACUCCUGGGAGGGGGUGAGAGUGCAAUGCCUUUGGUGCUUGAGUGACGGGAAGACUGUCCUGGCGUCAGACACACACCAGCGAAUUCGAGGCUACAACUUCGAGGACCUUACAGAUAGAAACAUAGUACAAGAAGAUCAUCCCAUUAUGUCUUUUACUAUUUCAAAGAACGGCCGAUUAGCUUUGUUAAAUGUAGCAACUCAGGGAGUUCAUUUAUGGGACUUGCAAGACAGAGUUUUAGUAAGAAAGUAUCAAGGUGUUACGCAAGGGUUUUAUACAAUUCACUCAUGUUUUGGAGGCCAUAACGAAGACUUCAUCGCUAGUGGCAGUGAAGAUCACAAGGUUUACAUCUGGCACAAACGUAGCGAACUGCCAAUUGCGGAGCUGACAGGGCACACGCGUACAGUCAACUGUGUGAGCUGGAACCCACAGGUGCCAUCCAUGAUGGCCAGCGCCUCCGACGACGGCACUGUUAGGAUAUGGGGACCAGCACCUUUCCUAGACCACCAGAAUAUUGAAGAGGAAUGCAGUAGCAUGGAUAGUUGAUGGCGAAUUUGGAGCAGACGACUUCUGUUUAACUUAAAUUAGUCGUAUUUUAAUGGCUUGGGAUUUGGUGCAAACAAACAUGAUUGAUAGCUGGACAGACAUGCUCGUCAUGAAAAAAGAACCAUUUCUGAAGCCCGGUUGGGGCCAAACAUUUACACCUUGCUUCAUAGUAACCAGUUGAGAUGAAGCACGUCGCUAGAACGUUGUCGGACGCCGUGUUGAAUUCUCCCCCAUCGGUCGUGAAGAACUGUGCUACAUUCAGGCUUACCCAUCGAACUCAGUAUAUAUAUUUUUUCCCCUCCUGCCUUUUGUCCGGUGGGAUACCAUUCUUGUUGCUCUUCUGUGUAAUGAAGUUUAAAUGCUUGUUUGGAAAACUUUAUUUAACAGUUUAGAAGGCUUGAUAGAAAGAGUGCAUUAGUCUGAAGAGUAUACAUUGGAUAGGAAAGAAUUUCCUUCUUUUGUUUCUCCAAAUCUUUCCGCCUUAUUUAGCUUGAGAUCUUUGCAGCUUGGUUCAUGGAUUCUAGCCUUGCCCGUUGCGCAGUAUAUACAGAUCCAGAUGAUAAACCAGUGAACUAUGUCAAAAGCACUCUCAAUAUUACAUUUGACAAAAAGUUUUGUACUUUUCACAUAGCUUGUUGCCCCGUAAAAGGGUUAACAGCACAAUUUUUUAAAAAAUAAAUUAAGAAGUAUUUAUAGGAUCAAAGUGACUUCAUUUGUAUACAUUUGGAAUCUAAACCAGCUUAAAAACAGUUUCCUCUGUAACUUAGAGACGCAGUAUAACUGAUGCUCUUCUGGAAUACCCCGUGAGACAUGGUCAGGAACAGUGCUCGGAAGGACACUGCGCAGGAAAUUCAGAGUAAUGCCGUGAAGGCUUUCCCCCUUUUGUUUUAUUCCUGAAGUAACAUCAGUACCGGAUCUUGAGGAAAUUCAAGAUUCAAAAAGUGAAUUUUAAAUCUAUACCAACAGGAGAUCAGUAAUCAGUUCAGGUUUUCAACAAAGCUUGUUCCAAGUUGUUCUCAAUUUGGGGAAUCGUUUGGUGAGAGAACUAGCAAGAGCGUAGACAUCAGCAGACGUAACCACUUUGGAAGUUGAUAGUGUAAUUGAGCUUGUUAGAAGAAUUCAGCAGGUUACAACCAUACUUAACCUGGGUUUAAAACCUCAUAGUCAUUUCUUUUAAUUGCCCUUAAUAUUUUGACACGUAGGAACACACGCAUUUAAAGGACAGUCCUCGGUUUUUCAGAUAUUGCCAUACUGAACCUCAUUCUAAACUGGUGCUGUGGAUAAUCUUUCCCUCUCCCCUCCCCUUUUAGUUAAGGAAAGGUUUCCUUUAUGGAAAAGCACUUUUAAUUUUGAGACUUUUGCAUUUAAAAUAAAGCCAAAAGCCUGGUGUUCACAGUGUGCUUUUAAAUCCCAUAACAGCUGAAUGCAACAACCUUAGACUCCUUUGAAAUUCCCUCCCUUUUUCGGUAGAGGAUAAAUUUGGUGACCACAGCUGUUAUGUUGGGAAGAGGAGUGGGAAUGUCCCCAAACUAAGAUUCUGGUGAAGAAAAAGUCUUGAACUCAGUUCCCUUUGAGGCUCAGCCAAGUGUACAAUGUAGUUACUACCAUGAGCAGAUGCUUGAGGGUCCACGAAACAGAGACAGGCUUGGUGUCAGGAAUUCUUCCUUUGGGGGUGGGGUAGGGGAUGGCAGCAGGGAGAAUCGGAAGAGUCAGGGAAGGGGAGAAGAGAGACAAACACAAUUGGCCUUAACCUAGCACGGAGUCUCCCAAAAGCUCUCAUAGUAGAAAAACGACAGAUCGUGUUCAGCAGAUUAUUUUAUCAAAUUGGUAUGUAAAAAGAUUUCUUUAAGCUCCAUUUUGCAGAGAUCACCACUUAGAGAAUCAAGAUUUCCUGUUUUGAUACUUCUAAGUUAACUAUAUGUUACAGUUUAUCUGGUACUUCAUUUUUCUUAACUAAAAUUACUUUUUACUUUAAGCUUGAAUAAAAAUCUUCAUUGGUAACUGUAUAUAAUUAAGUGGCAACUUCUCUUUACCUCAGUACAGUUAAAUCCAUAUUUUAAGUGAUUCAUGUAUAUACCCUGAAGCCGUUAAUACACCCCAGUCUCUACAGAACGUCACUGACGAGACGAAACGUGGGCAUAGAAACUCCACAGCUGUUUACAAAUUUGGUUACAGUGUGCUCGAGUAUAUCUGUGACAUUCACUGAGACCUGCGCCCAUUCAGGGGCAAUUUGGCACUCAGAUUCCACCCCGCUUCGCCCAGCCACCCCGAGAUCUGAGUUUUUCAGAGUGCUUCUGGAGUCCAGUUAAAAACACUUUUAAAAAGUGGAGUAAGCGUGAGGCACAUCUUACAAGAACAUAGCUCCAUUCAAACGGAGUAACAACUAUGCAAAGGCCCCCACAGCCGCUAGGUGAGCUUGUUCUCCAGGUCUGUCCUCACUGGCAGCCUCCUGUAUGUCCCGGUGCCUCGCUGUGCCAAUUUGCUGUCCACGUCUGUUUCCCCGCAUUUGCCAUUCCGGGACUGUGCUGGGAAGGUGAAAUCCAUGGCGAAGGAACCUAGGGUCCUGGGGCACCAUGAGCCCGAUCACAGAUGGUCUGACCCGCAGGGGUCCCCGAAAACUCCUCACAGUGCUGUAGUCUGCACAGGGUUACGAGUGAGACUGAGUGAAAACUGUCAAGCCAGCUCCGAGAUAGCUAACCAGUGUAUAAACUGAAAAGUACCAAUACUUUUUGCACAUAGAUCAAAAUAGAGUGGAGAAUUUUGGCUCCAGCAAUCAGGUUUGUAGGCUCAUUUCCAUGUGCUUAAAAAUGUUUUUGUUGUUGUUAUUCAUUGACGAAGGGCUAGAGCAAGUGUGAAAUUAAAUGUCUUUCCUCCAAUUAACUGGUUACUGACAGUCCCGUGCUGGAUUUGGGGGUUGCUGAGACUGGCGCGUGGGUGGCGAUCAAGAGCUGGGGUGGGCAGAUGGGAGGGACGACAGAGCUUCAGUUUUGGUUUUUGUACUUGACUAGUGUUCAGGAGCUACCUUUCUGUUACUCUCACUGGCCAGAUAAAUGUGUUACAUUAAACCAGGUAAGUAGUUUGAACAGGAAACUCCACGUGGAAAUGCCCCUACAAAUGGGCCUGUUUCCGUGGGUGGGAGAACAAAAAGGGAUUGCCUAACUUUAAAUUUAAACUGAGUAUUUAACAUACCAUGCUAGUUGAAAGGGAAAAAAAAGUCCAAUUUUUUGUCAGUAUUUUCUGCAUCUGAAAUGACACUGGUAGUAAUCCGAGAGAACACUUCUUACUAGGAGCGUUCUCCCUCUAGAGGGGCACUUCCUGACGGUGGAAAACCCUUCUCCCUCACCCCAUUCUGACAGUCUCUCUCCCAGGGCCCUGGCUCCCGCUCACCUGGGUAACCCCAUGGUGCCCCUUGAAAGGCACAGGCCCAUGUCAGUUUCCCCCACAGCAGAAGAUGGCUGCUUUGAGAUGGGGAGGGAAGAAGACGUUUUUCUUAAUAUCCUUUUUGUCCCAUCUCUGACAUACAUCAAUACCUGGAUUUAGCUUUACUUGAGUUUCUCAUUUAGACCUUCGCAGCUCUCUCUUGGGACUUGCUCUCCAAGAUAGCACUUCCACUCCACCACGUCUCAUUUAACGUAGGCUGCUAAUUUAAAAGAAGAGGUGAGUUUCAUUUACACUUAGACACUUUCUAAAAACAGGGUGAACUUAAUUGAAAUUUUUCAGUGUUGUUAAGCUAUUGUUAUAGUAGCUGCCCUACAGUGUAAAAACAAAAGCUGUAAAAACAUCCCCUAUCUACUUAAUCCAGAUAGCCUGGAUCUAACGAAACUAAUAGUAUAAAAAGAUGUGUGUGUGUGUGUUGUAUGUCUGUGUGGAAGAGAGAGUACUUAAUCAUGAUAGAGGCCUGGGAACAGCCGUUCCGGGCUCUGGUCCGUUUUACUACAAGUCUCGUGCACGUGUGAAGUGCCCUCUCUGAAUUUAAGGUUUGGUUAAUACUGGUCUAUUUUUAUAAGAUUAAAAAGUGCACCCCCAUCUUUAACGGAAACAUUUUCAUUAUCAGGGUCAAAGUGCUAAAACCGAAGCGUAACAUUUUUAGGCACAGAGGGAAAAAAGCGUUGGCUCCUUGAAAAGGUGUGUGUGUGUGUGGCGAGGGGAGCAGGCCCACCCGAGCAUGCACGUCCUUACAAACCAAGCUGUAGAGAUCCAGAUGAGGACUUGAGUGUCGAUCUCAAGAUGUCUAAAUUGUCGAGAUUUACAUGGCGUUGUGGUGGAACUAGUUAACAUUAGAGCUUCUGGUAUGUAAUAACUACUUGCUACGGACUGAUUCAGUGUUUCAAAGGACUGUGUUCUUAAAUUGGGGGAUUUUGGUUUUUGUUUUUGUUUUUUUAACUGCCUCUCAGAUUAUAUUUAGUAGUUUAAAUUUCUUUGCUUUAUUAUUUCAUUAAAGCAUAAAAAUCUU